AUGCUCCACUCAAGAUCUCGCAAGAUCCAAAAGAAUGGCGCCGAUCAACCAUGCAUAUUCGUCCAUGCCGGUGCUGGCUACCAUAGCUUGCAGAAUGAGAGGAUUCAUCUCCAGGCCUGCAACGAUGCUGCGAAAGCCGCCAUGUUGAUUCUACGUACUGGUGGAACUGCUCUUGAUGCUAUCGAGAUCGCUAUAAAGGUUCUGGAAGAUCGUGAAAUCACAAACGCUGGUUAUGGAAGCAAUCUGGCCAUUGAUGGAAUCGUCGAGUGUGAUGCCACCAUUGUCGAUCACUAUGGCCGCAGUGGUGCUGUCGGUGCUGUCUCACAAAUCAAGAACCCCAUCUCUUUGGCUCGCACUCUUUUGGAUCGUAGCACACAGUUGCUCAGUCUACGUCGCGUCCCUCCGAACCUACUGGUCGGCCAGGGUGCCAUCGAGUUUGCCGCAAGCGUGAACAUGCCCAUACUGCCCUACGACGCUCUGGUCUCGGCUGGUGCCAAAGAACGUUGGUUGAAGUGGAAAGCCGAUCUUAACGCUGUAGAAAAGAACAGGAAGAAUUCAACACCACAGAAGAGCAGUUCCCUCACAGCAGUACCACCAUCGCAGACCCUCUCAGGCUUCGGACCCGACGAUCGUGUGCGCGAACAGAUGCGGCGCUCACAUACUCGUGCUCUCGAAGCUGGGGUUUGGAACGAAGCGCAGCCUAUAACACCACUUCCGUCUUCAACCGAUUCUCUCGUCGCCCCUGGCUAUGUUCCGAGAACCCUGACAAACGGACUACAAGCCUCUACCCCUACCAGAAUCCCAACUGGUUACCCCGCCGAGUCACCGCUUAUGAUCUUUUCCGACCCUUACGGUCCACCUGGACCUCGUCAACCCUACAUCGGUGCCCCUCUGGCUAACAGUGGCCGGAGACUCAACGACGGUCAUCACUCUGCAGAGAACUUUCCAUCAACGGACACAAUGGAUCUUGAUGACAUUCAGAACCUGUCAGGGCUCUACAGCUCGCGUUACAGUGAUCGUCAUGAUGGCUCUUCGGGCUCCUCGAUAGACUACAACUCUUCGUCGUCGGCAUCAUUGCAACUACCGUCAAUCACUCCAAGUCCCGAACUGGUACCUAUGCUUUCAGAUUUACCUGCGCUUGAGGGCAUGGACAUAGAGCUGCCUUUGUCGCCCAGUGAAUCAGCGUCUCCCGACCUUUUAUACACAAGCCCACCUCCGCUUCCACCUUCGCCUCAUCUGGACCAGGAGGACCACAUCACGGACACAGUCGGCGCCAUUGCCAUCGAUAGCUAUGGAAACAUUGCUUGCGGUGCAUCAUCAGGAGGUAUCGGCAUGAAACAUCGUGGUCGUGUCGGACCAGCUGCCUUGGUCGGCAUUGGCUCUGCCGUGAUACCGGUCGAUCCGGAGGACAGGGACCGAAACACUGUCGCAGCAGUCACGAGUGGAACUGGAGAGCACAUGGCGACCACCAUGGCUUCUACAGUCACAGCUGAACGUCUCUUCUACGGCGUGAAGAAGACAUCCGCUGGCAUCGUCGAGACGGAUGACGCCGACGCAAUCAAGUCGUUCAUCGAACGUGACUUUAUAGGACAUCCAAGUGUCAAGCACAGCCAUUCUGCUGGUGCAAUUGGCAUCUUGGCCGUGAAGAGAACGCGUGAGGGCAUCUACUUGCACUUUGCACACAACACAGACUCAUUCGCAUUGGCAUCUUUUCAUAGCGCGGAGCCAAAGCCCACAUGCACCAUGUCUCGCAGUACAGGUAACGGAGCGAUUGCACAGGGAGGUCGCGCAAUCAGGUUCAAGACUCCGAGAAAAAAUGCUUGA